AAGAAACCCUAAUCCUCUAUUCUCUCUCACAACCACUUUCUUCACCUUCUGAAACCAAACACUCACAAAAAAUCAUGGAAGCAAACAAAAAUUCACCAAACUCUCUAAAACAAUGUCCUCUUACAAAAAACAUUUUGAAACUUAUCUCUCACCAUGGUUCAAGAACAAAAAUCCCACAAAAAAAAUUCCAGCAAAUGGACAUCAAAUCCACAUGCAACAGAAGCAUCAGAAAGAAACAAAGCAAACGAGUCAAACACACAAAUCAAACAACAUUCAGGACCCUCAUCCCAACAAUCCCAAACCCCAUUUUCAUCUUCAUUAUUAUUUCAGCAUUAUAUUGAUUACAACUAGCUAUCAAAACUCGGAACGAAAUGGACUAAAUACAAAGUUAAAGAGUGCAAGAAGACUACCCACAAUUGUAAAGGAAGCGACUUCCUCUAGCUUUCAGGUCUUUAUUAAUGGUGGUGGACAUGGCAUGAUAUAUAUUGGUUUGCUUGAAGAUGGCUUGAAGAAGAGAUGGAUUGGUGAUGAAUAAAUUGGAGCAUGUUGAAGAUUGAAUAAUUGGCACAUUGUAGGAUUAGGAAUCAUUUGAUGUUUUGUAAUGCCAUAGAUUCAAAUAUUCCAUACAAUGUAAUUUGACAAUUUGCAAAUGCUAAGUUUUCUCUUUUUUGUAAUUUUCAAUGAUGUAAUGUAAUAACAUUUGAAAUGAAAAUGAAUGUGAUUGUUUAAUUGAA